CAUUCUCUUCCAUAAUCAUUUCUGGGGCACAAUGUUUCUAGUGUUGGUUCCCAUCGCCAAUGGAACAGAAGAAAUAGAAGCCGUAUGUGUUAUAGAUACCCUUAGAAGAGCAGGCUUCGAAGUCACUGUUGCCUCUGUACACGACACCACGAGUGUGGUUUGUUCACGACAAGUACAAAUAGUUGCUGACUGUCUGCUAUCCGAGUGCAGAGAUAGAGUAUAUGACUUGAUAGUUCUACCUGGCGGAGCAAAAGGUGCAGAAAACCUGGCAGCAAGUGAGCUAUUGGCAAAGCUACUGAAAAGGCAAGCAGUGGAGAACCGCUGGUUUGGUGCUAUUUGUGCGUCGCCAGCCAUAGUGUUGUACUCUUUGGGCUUAUUGCCUGCACGUGCCACUUGCCAUCCCAGCGUGGAGGAUAAAAUAGACAACGUUGCAAAGGAACACAUAAAAGAACGAGUCGUUGUUGAUGCAGACAAAAAGUGUGUUACUAGUAGAGGGCCAGGGACAGCCAUCGAGUUUGCCUUGCAACUUAUAGAGUGCCUCGCGGGAACAAAACUUCGUCAGGAAGUGGAAUAUCCAAUGAUUACAGCAAGUAUUUGAAAAAAUAAAGCAAAUAUUCUUAUUCCUUAUUCACAAGACAGUAUUUUGA